UACUGCAAUGUGAUAGAACACACGCCCACGAGUGCCUUAUAAACGAAGUGCCUUUAAAACAAACAAUCAUAAUACGAACGAAGCAAACGACCUACGAAUAUUUCAUACGGUACCAAUUGACGCGAUCACACCGCAAGCACCGUCGCCAACGUGACGCGGCAUCAGGGAGCGCGUGGAGAGAGCGCUGCAGUUCAACUGGAGGCGACUGAUUGCCGACACACCGACCCCAGAAAGGAGACGCCACCGCUCGUUUAGCCAGGAGCGUCCGCGGCGCAGAGCUAGCGCGCACUCCUUAGACCUAGAUCCAGAAGACAGACCGCACCAUACUGCUACUAUACACAGAGCCCACUCGCUAAAGAAAAUGGCGACCCUCUCCUUGAAAAUCUCGCUAGACGGCGGGAAAGUCGUGAAGACUAUACAGUUCGAGCCGUCGACCACAGUGUACGACGCUUGCCGAGUCAUACGCGAGAAAAUAUUGGAGGCGAACGUUAGCGAGCCCAAAGAGUACGGUCUCUUCCUCGCGUCAGAAGAAGACAACAAGAAGGGAAUAUGGCUGGAAGCGUCGCGCAGCUUGGACUACUACAUGUUGAGGAACGGAGACGUGCUAGAGUACAAUAAAAAGACCAGGAAUCUCAGGGUCAGGAUGUUGGACGGUACUGUGAAGACCCUACUCGUGGACGACAGCCAGAUCGUGGCGAAUUUGAUGGUGGUUAUAUGCACCAAGAUCGGCAUCACCAAUUAUGAUGAGUAUGGCUUGGUCCGUGAAGAGCAGAAAGAGGAGUGCGACCCGUGCGACAAGCCGCACUACGGUACACUGACCCUCAAGCGGCGGCACCACGACCGCGAGCGCGACGUCAAGAUGGACCAGCUGAGGAAGAAGCUCCGAACUGACGAUGAAGUGAACUGGGUGGAGCCGGCCAAGACCCUGCGCGAACAAGGCAUCGACGUGUCGGAGACGCUGCUGCUGCGCCGCAAGCUGUUCUUCUCCGACCGCAACGUGGACUCGCGCGACCCCGUGCAGCUCAACCUGCUCUAUGUGCAGGCUAGAGACGCCAUCUUGGAUGGCACGCAUCCUGUCACGCAGGACAAAGCCUGCGAGUUUGCUGGGAUACAAUGCCAGAUCCAGUUCGGAGAUCACAAGGAAGACAAACAUACACCCGGAUUCCUUGACCUAAAGGAGUUCCUGCCGUCGUCGUACGUGAAGGUGAAGGGCAUAGAGAAGAAGGUGUUCAAGGAGCACCGCAAGCACGCGGGGCUCAGUGAGCUCGACGCCAAAGUGCUGUACACCAAGAGCGCCAGGGACCUCAAGACCUACGGCGUGGCCUUCUUCUUGGUCAAGGAAAAAAUGAAAGGCAAGAACAAGUUGGUCCCCCGCUUACUCGGCGUGACCAAGGACUCUGUGCUCCGCCUGGACGAGAAGACCAAGGAGAUCCUGCAGACCUGGCCGCUCACCACCGUGCGCCGCUGGUGCGCCAGCCCCAACACCUUCACCUUGGACUUCGGCGACUACAGCGACCAAUACUACUCCGUCCAGACCACCGAAGCUGAACAGAUCCUGCAAGUGAUCGCGGGCUACAUCGACAUCAUAGUUCGUAAACAGCGAGCAAAGGAACACCUCGGCAUCGACGGCGAUGAGGGCUCUGCUAUGUUGGAAGACUCUGUGUCGCCAUCUAGAGCCAACAUAAUCCAACACGACACGUUCAAAUCGGGCAAAGUCAGUACGGAAUCUGUCGCUAAGCCCGCGGUGCACCGGCCGGGAGCUGAAGGCGCGAAGCCGUUCGCGCUGUCGCACGUGACGGGCGCCCAGCAGACGACCGUCUCCGGACAAGUCAUCACCGGCCACACGCCCCCCGCUGCGUCGCAAGUCCAACAGACCAAAGUGACGUCGGUCCUCACGGAGCCGCAGCGAGCGCUGCUGACCACCAUCACCAGCGGCCGGGAGGUCAUCAAGCGGAGCGAGGAGACGCUGGCCAGGGCGUCGCUCCCGGACCUGGGUCAAGACGCGACGUCCAUCAAGUGGAAGCAGGUGACGAUGGACACCAACAAGCAGGUCGUGACCUCACAGAUCGCCGCCAUGAACGCGGCCACUGCGCAAGUCGUCACUCUCACUUCCGGUCCGACAGAAGAGGUGGACCAUACAGCAGUAGGAGCAGCAAUCACUACAAUCACCUCGAACCUGCCCGAAAUGACCAAAGGCGUGCAGAUGAUAGCCGCGCUCAUGGAGGACGACAACGGAGACAGGUUGUUGGACGCGACCAGGAGACUAUGCAGUGCUUUCAGUGAUCUGCUGCGCGCCGCCGAGCCUGAGACCAAGGAACCUCGCCAGAACCUCCUGAACGCCGCCUCUCGUGUCGGCGAAGCGUCCACAAGCGUCCUCCACACGAUCGGCAAGGAAACCGAACAGGACAAGGAAACACAGGACAUCCUCCUCUCACUGGCCAAGGCCGUGGCGAACACCACCGCAGCUUUAGUGCUCAAGGCUAAGAACGUCGCUGGACAAUGCAAGGAUUCCCAACAGCUGCAGAACAACAUCAUCGCGUGCGCCACCAACUGCGCCCUCAACACCAGCCAGCUGGUCGCCUGUGCUAAGGUGGUGGCUCCAACGAUCCACAACCCAGCGUGCCGCGAACAGCUGUUGGCGGCCGCGCGACAGGUCGCUCAAGCGGUCGACAAACUAGUCGAGGCGGCGAAACUGGCGCCCGAUCAAGUUGGCCUGGAACAACUGACUGCUGCAGCGCAGAGAGUGACGCACGAGUUGGAGAGAUUGCUGGCGCAUUGUGAUGCCCAACGCGCGACAGCGACUGUGUCCGAGCGCACAGUGGAGUCAGUGAUGUCGGCGAGUGAGCGGGUGCUGGUGUGCGGGGACUCCGCCGACAUGGUGCGCCACGCGCGGCUGCUGGGGCAGGCCACCGCGCAUCUCAUACAGGACAUCAAGACGGAGGCAGAAAGCCAGCCAUCCGAAUCUCAGCGCAAACUUCUGGCGGCCGCGAAAUUGUUAGCGGACGCUACGGCCCGAAUGGUCGAAGCUGCGAGACAGUGCGCUUCUUCUCCGCAGGACCGCGAGAAACAAGACGCGUUACGUCGCGCCGCCGAGGAGCUGCGGUACAUCACCGCGGACUACGCGCAGGGACAGGACGUCGUCGGCUCACAGGUCGCGAGGCUCCAGGACAGCGCCCGGCAAGCAGCCUCGAGCGCCACGCAGAUGAUCACAGCGUCGCAGCACGCUCUGCAACACAUCACCAACAAAUAUUCACAGGAGACACUGUCAAGUGAAUGUCGGUCUCUGGGCGAAGCCUUACCGCCUCUGAUGGACGCCUCGUCCACGCUGCAGCCGGCCUCGCCCGCCUCUCAGCUCGACCUUAUAUCUGCGUCCGAGGCGUUCUUACAGCCGAGCGGACACGCGAUCUCAGCGGCCCGCGGCGCCUUGCCGACAGUGUCGGACGCGGUCGCCGCGAGGAACUUGGCUGACACUGCGCAUCAGUUCACUGGACAAUGUGCUGAUCUCAGAUCGGCGGUGUCCCGCGCGAGGAUAUCGUGCAAAGGAUUGGAGAUAGACGCGGCGGCGGAGAUCAUUCGCUCGCUGCAGGACGAGCUGCUGGAGCUGGAGAGGGCCGCCAAAGCCUUGGAGUUGAGACCGCUGCCCGAACAAACGUUGGAGUGGGCGAGUAUGCGGAUGCAGACAGCAGCGCGCGGCUGCGGCGCGGCGACAGCGCACACUGCGGCCGCCGCGCGACGCGGGGACUCCAGCGGCGCUGCGCGUGCGCUGCCUGCGCUCGCCGCGCAGCUGCGGCUCUUCCAUCGCGCCGGCGCCGCGCUCCUCGCGUUCACCGGCCACACUCCGCAGAUAAUAUCCUCGAGCCGCGAGGUGCUGCAGCGGUCGCUGUCGCUGGUGGAGGCGGUGAGGGCGGAGCCGCUCGACACCGCCACCAUCGUCUCCAUUGCCAAGGACAUUUCCCACGGCUUGGAACAAACGUUGGAGGCUGUGCCGUCGCACGCGGAGCUGGAUCUGGCCGCGGAGACCGUCAGCCAGACGCUCUCCAUCCUCCACAGCGGGGAGUUCCCGCCGCAUUCACACAGGACUUACAGUGAACUCCAAUCGGAGUUGAACACGGCCGCGGUUGGUCUAAGCAAUGCGUCGUCCGAUGUCGUCUCCAACAUCAAUCAUCGUGAACAACUCGCCGACAGUUGUUCAGCCUUCGGACAACAGUUCAACAGACUGCUAGGAGUUUGCAUGGAGAUGACUGGCAGGACUGAGGACCAAGAAACACGCACGGUGAUGGUGAACUCGAUGAAGACAGUGACAGUCAACUCGUCCAAACUCCUCUCCACCACCAAAUCUGUUAGUCAGGACCUCACUCGGCCGAACGCCAAGAACCAGCUUGCGACUGCGGCCAGGGCGGUCACGGAGAGCAUCAACCGACUUGUGGACGUGUGUACCGAAGCUGCGCCGGGACAGAAGGAGUGCGCGGCCGCAGUGCGCAGCAUCGAGAGCACGCGGCCGCUGCUGGACGCGCCCAGCCAGCCAAUCAACGAACUCGGAUAUUUCGCCUGCUUGGACAGCGUUGUGGACCAAAGCAAGGCUUUGAGUGAAGGUAUGUCGGGCAUGGCGGGCGCGGUCAAGCGAUCUGAACACGAGGGUUUCGCGCGCUCCGUGGCGGCCGUGGCCGGCGCUGUGCAGGGCCUGGUCGAGUCCACGGCUCAGGCUGCUUACUUGAUGGCGGUGUGCGACGAGAGCAGCGUGUCGGGUCGCGCAGGCGCAGUGGACCAGGCGGCGGUCGCGCGCGCGGCGCUCGCUAUCCGCCGCGCCUGCGCCGCGCUCGCCGCGCCGCGCGCCGACCAGCAUCAGGUGUUAUCAGCGGCAACAGUAAUAGCCAAACACACAUCGGCGCUGUGUAACGCGUGCCGUGUGGCGUCCGGCAAGACCGCCGACCCGGCGGCCAAGCGGCACUUCGUUCAGGCGGCCAAGGACGUGGCCAACUCCACUGCCGCCCUCGUCAAGGAAAUCAAGGCUUUGGACACUGAUUAUAGUGAGACAAACCGCGCCAAAUGCGCCGCGGCCACCGGCCCCCUGUCGGAGGCGGUGCAGAGCCUGUGCCAGUUCGCGGACAGCCCGGAGUUCGCGUCCGCGCCCGCGCGCUUCCCGCCCGCCGCGCGCCGCAGCCAGGACGCCGUGCUGCGUUGUGGCAGGGACAUAAUAUCCGGUUCCUGUUCGAUGCUGGAGUCGGCGCGGGCACUGGCGCUGGCGCCGCAGGAGCGGGAGCAGUGGCAGCAGCUUGCCGCCCACAGCAAGACCGUCUCCGACAGCAUCAAGUCGCUGGUCACCAACAUCCGCGAGAAAGCGCCGGGACAGCGGGAGUGCGCGGCGUCGCUGGAGACGUUGUCGCGGCUGCAGCGCGACCUCGACCACGUCUCCAUCCAGGCCGUCAGCCAGCAGCUGCCGCCCAACAGGUCCAACACUCUGCAAGGCUACAUGGAACAGAUAGAGAACAGUGCGACAGAGAUGGAAGAGCGCGUGGAGCCGCUGCGCGCGGCCGCCGUCAGCCGCGCCGAGAAUCUGGGACACGCCGUUGUUCAACUGAUAUCGUACGCGGAGCCCCUGAUCAAUGGCAGUGUGGGCGCCGCAUCCAACAUAACAGAGUCCAGCACGCAGGCCACACUGCUGCAGCACUCCAGGACGGUGCUGGAGACAUUGACUCUGUUGGUGCAAGCGGCCAAGGCCGCUGCCGGCAAUCCAAGGGCCGUGUCAGCUCACGGGGAGUUAACAGCGCAAUGCUCACUGACUCGUUCAGCACUGAGCGAGUUGCUCAGCUGCGUGAGGUCGCUCAGCGCUGAGAGAGGGGCUAUCGGCCCAGCGUUGGAGCAACUGGCGCGUGCGCAGCGAAAACUGCAAGACCACAGGAUGUCCCUUCUGGAAUCUUAUGAUGAGAACGAUUCGUUCGUCGAUUACCAGACUCGCAUGGUGGGCGCUGCCAAGGAGAUCGCUCGCCUGGCCGCCGAUAUGACUGCGAAAUCGGCAACCGACCCGAGCCGCCUGGUGGCGCUCGGCAACGAGCUGUGCCAGCGAUAUGAACAAUUAGCGCAAGACAGUGUCGGAGCUUCACACACCACUUCCAACGCCGACGUCGCCGACAGAAUCCGCGCGACCGUGGUGGAGCUGGGCGAGGCGUGCGCUGAGCUGAUCCGCGCGGGCGGGCAAUGCCGGCUGGCGGCGACGCCGGCGCUGCCCGCCGCCGCCAGGGCUGUCUCCGAGAAGGUGGUGUCGGUGCUGGGCGCGCUGCAGGAGGGCGCGCGCGGCACGCAGGCCUGCAUCGACGCGGCCGCCACCGUCUGCGGCAUCAUCGGCGACCUCGACACCACCAUCCUCUUCGCCAGCGCCGGUACUCUCCACUCUGAAAAGGAAAAUGACACCUUCUCGGACCACCGCGAGAACAUUCUCAAAACUGCCAAGACUUUAGUGGAAGAUACGAAAACAUUAGUGGGGGGCGCGGCCGGCACCCAGCAGCAGCUGGCUGACGCGGCCGCCAGUGCUGUUAACACUAUCGUGUCCCUCUGCGAAGUGGUCAAACAGGGCGCUAUGUCGCUCGGCUCCGGAUCGGCUGAGCCGCAAGUGAUGCUGUUGCACUCGGCCAGAGACGUGGCCGCCGCUCUGAGGGACCUCAUAGCCGCCACGACCGCCGCCAGCGGGAAGCACGUGCAGCACAACGACAUGCAGCGGCUGAAACACGCGGCCAAGCGGCUGGAGAAGCGUUGGAGUCUGCCCCCCCGCCCCUCGACUAUGCCGAAACCGAAACGACGCUCAGUCAACAUUAACUUGCGAUCCGACUACAACUCCUGCGACUCUGAGACCGAUUUUUUCCAAUCUGACCAAGAAGACGAACUUAUUAAGCUCUUAGACUAUUCCAGUCAGGACGAUGAUGUCUCUCCUAGUGUUUUUCAUGACAAUUGUGAGGAAAUCAUCACUUAUAUUGAAGGUCUUAUGAGGAAAGCACCUAGAAGAAUGCCUAAAGAUGACGACUUGAAUGAAAGAUAUAAUACUGCGGCGAUGAACAGCUUAGUCGACAUGGAUUGGAGAGUUCUUAAGUAUGGAGAGAAUAUAUUCCUGGGUGAAGUUAAGAAGUUAGUUGAUUUGUUUAUAGAAUUGGACGAUAGAGCUGUUAUUAAAAGAAAGAGGGAUAAAUUAAACAGAUUGCGGGUCAAUAAUGAUUUGGAUAAUGAAAUGAAGAGGCUGUCGCAAGUCAUUGAAGAUUUAGACUCAGAAUUUGUCACUGAUGAGGAUAAUAUAAAAACAACAACAAAAACAACUAUACAGACAAUAGUACCAGUGAAGAAACCUAAGGUUGAUGAUAAAUCUCUUAAAAUUAAAACACCAGUAUUUAAAAUUAAGAAAGUUAGACCAGUAAAUUUGAUAAUAAACUUUGAUGUCAAACAACCCAAUGAUAGUACUGUAGAACCGAUGAAAAUGCUAAGUCCAGAGCAAAAGCAGAAAGAUGAAUCAAUAGAAAUUAUUAUCAAACCUGAGACGAAAGAAAUCAAAAGCGAAUUUUGGAAUCUAUUCAAAGAUGACAAAGAUUGGUGGAAGGCUAUAGCUGAGAGGAAAAAGAAAAAGAUGGAAGAAACUAGACGCGAGUUGGAGAGAUUUAGCGGCCAUGAAUUGGUUUUAGGAGAUUACCAGACAGAGAUAGAUAGAUAUGAAAGCGAGAAAGAAACGUUACAGGAGUUUAUCGAUGAUGUCGAUAGAUCUAAAACUGUAAACGUAGAUAUGGAAUACGACAAGAAAUAUGAAGAUAUUGUGCUAAAAUUAAUUGCAUUUGCUAAAAAAGAUUUCGUUUACAAAGGCUUUGAUCCGCUGAUUGAGAAACUAAAAGCGCUAGCUAACGUUCAGAUUGAUAGAAGAAAAAAGGUUGAUAUAAAAGAUAUUGUAAACAUUUAUACACAGAUAGACAUAUCCCAAUACACAUACGAAGAAUUGUGUCUUUUAGAGAAAUAUUACAAAGAAAUUAUAAGGAAAUACAAAAAAGAGACAAUAAACAAAGAAAAUGUAAUACCAAGAGACGAAAGAUCACCGAGUUUAAUUAGGGAAAUUGAAACCCGAUCCGCGCCGCCGUCUUAUCACAAAAAUGUCAUACUAAAUCUCCACUCAACCCAAAAUCUAUCGAAAAACACAAACCAAUACUCGAGCACAAUAAUCACGAACGGCGACUCUCUAAAACGGAACGAAACUAACAAGCUAAAUCAAAGAAACAACACUGAAAUAUUCGACUUAACCCGGACAUAUCCUAUAGAAUAUUACGCUAACAACUGGUGGUCUAUUUACGAAGAUGUGCUAAAAAGUCGCGAGCAACAAUUCGGUUCGAUCGACAAUUGGUGGAGUUUUUACGAAGCGAUACUUAAUAAGAAAGAAACGAACGAUGAAGAGUUGAAAAGAUUGCGUGCUGUGGUGCGUUUUAGAAACGAGCUGAGGUCUCGACCGAACAGUCGUGUGGAGGAACAACUGAAGAUGUUGGAUGAAGUAGACAACAGCAAGUUUCGGGAAUGCGAAGACACGAAGACAGAUAGGAGCGAAUCGGUAAUGGUGACCAACGUAACGUCGCUGUUGAAGACAGUGAAGGCGGUUGAAGACGAACACACAAGGGGCACAAGAGCUCUGGAGUCCACUGUGGAAGCUAUAUCGCAAGAGAUUGAGGUUCUAAUGUCAGGCACCCCGCCCAAGUCAACCGCCACGCCAGAAGAGCUGAUCCGCUGCACUCGCCAGAUGACGGUCGCCACGGCGCGGGCGGUGGCGGCCGGCAACGCCAGCAAGCAGGACCAGCUGACGGCCGCCGCCAACCUCGGCCGGAAGACUGUGGUGGAUCUUCUCAGAGCUUGCAAGGCCGCAGCCCACGCAGCCGAGACGCCCGAACUCCAAACCCGGACCCUGGAGGCAGGCCAGUCCGCGGCGUUAGCCUAUAGAGCGCUGCUGUCCUGUGUGCUGUCAGCCAGCACCGACCCCAGCGCGAGACAGCACUUCCCGGAACUAUCGAAACGGGUGGCCGUCACUGUGCAGCAUAUUAUUGCUACGGCCGAACUUCUCAAAGGCUCCGACUGGGUGGACCCCGCCGACCCGACGAUCAUCGCGGAGACGGAGCUGCUGGGCGCCGCAGCCUCCAUCGACGCGGCCGCGCGCAAGCUCGAGGCGCUGCGUCCGCGCAAGGCGGUCGCUGUGCAGGAGGCGGACGAGAGCCUCAACUUCGACGAGAUGAUCCUGGAAGCCGCGAAGUCGAUCAUCACGGCCACGUCCGCGCUCGUCCGCGCCGCCUCCGCCGCGCAGCGGGAACUUAUUGACCAGGGCAAGGUCGCCCGUCGUCCGACCUCCUCGUCAGACGACGGCCAGUGGUCCGAGGGCCUCAUCUCCGCCGCGAGACUGGUCGCAGCCGCGGCUCACUCAUUGGUAGAGGCUGCCAACGCCUUAGUCCAGGGAGUGGGCUCUGAAGAACGGCUGAUCUCCAGCGCGAGACAAGUGGCAGAGUCCACUGCGCAGCUGCUAGUGGCUUGUAAGGUGAAGGCCGACCCGUCGUCGGAGUCGACGCGGCGGCUGCAGGCGGCCGGCGCCGAGGUGAUCCGCUCCACCGACAACCUCGUGCGCGCCGCGCGCGACGCCAUACACUGCGAGGACGAGCGCAGCCUCGUGCUCAACCGCCGCAUGGUCGGCGGCAUCGCGCAGGAGAUCGACGCCAGAUCGGAAGUCCUCCGCAUAGAGAAGGAGCUGGAGGAGGCCCGGGGUCGCCUCACCGCCAUCCGCCAGGCGAAGUACAAGCUGAAGACGGACGCUUCCGGGGACGAGACCGAUGACAUGAUGGGGUACAGCAGCGACGCCUCCACGCAUCAUAAAUUCGCGAAAACGCCAAACAGCAGUUACGUGAACACGACAUACAGUCCAAACUCGACGUACACAACACAAAACGCAACAAACACAACACAGAAUCUAACCCAAAACUCUUCGUACAACGCUCAAAACCAAUCAGCAAAUUCAUACAACCAAAACUCUUAUACACAAAAUCAGACAACGCAAAAUACGUCUUACGGGCCCACGAAUACGGCUCAGAGUCCCAAUGGGUACUUCAGAGAAGAGAAGUACACGGUACAAAGUCCGACGUUCACAAGUUUCCGCCCCGAAGAGCCCAAACAGAACUACGAAGGAUUCACAACUCGAAAUCCAACACGAAACGACAGAACGAUGAUGAUAAAGAAUAAUAGAAGCAUGACUGAGGAAGUGGUCGUGAAAGCGCUACAUCUGCCCGAAGUUAGGACUGCGGUGCUCGUGUCGGAGCACCCGUGGACGGCGGAGCGGGUUAGGCCUCCGCCCCCGCCGCGACGGAGGGAUAAUUACGAAACCCGAUUGUACGACACGCCCCGCCCCACCAACGAAUAUAAGGAAGAGAGGUUCGAAUCUGCACAUUACCAGAAACAGGAACAAAAAUAUGGCUACGACACACCGAAAACACCGUUAAGCCCAAAAUUUAACGCGCGCGAUCUGAAAUUCGACGACAAGGAACCUAUCUAUUCUACUCUUAAAAAACCCACCACACCGAAAUCACCAUUCGAUGGCGUCGGUCAAAGCUUUACUGAACACCAACAAUCAACUGAAGCUAUACCAGGAGGUACUAAACACUCAGAGUUCACCAUAAAGAGCGAAUCGUACCAAAGCUAUCCGAAAACAGAAUUCUUCAAGACCGAAUCGAGACAAGAAGUCAAAUCUCCAUUCACGACUUCCACUCCAGCCAAAUCGACUGAUUUGGUCAAAGCGGCCACCCCUGAUUACGACAGAAUUUCGUCUCCGUACGGCAAGGAAACUUACAGUUACGGAGGUCCCAAUUAUACAGAAGAAACGACGACGGAAGUCAAAGAAAUACCUAAUGGCACUCAGAAAGUGACCACGACAAAAAUCUACAGCUCCUCCCCAGUCAAUAUAACUAGUACAAACACGAAAUACGAACCGAUCAAAUUGGAGGGAAUCGAUGAACUGUCAAAGUCGUUCGAUAACGACUCCCGCUACAGCACUCUGGACUCUCGGUUCAACACUUUAGAGUCCAAAAUCAGUUCUGACACAAGCCGCUCUUUUAUGAGGCCUUCGGAAUUCAAAUCCGAAUUUACCAGUACUUCGACCGUGAAAAAGCCAUCGGAUUUGGUGAAAGAGAUAGAUAGUAUGGACAAAAAGUUUUCUAAGCAGACCAUUACAUCGGAAACCAUCGAAAAGAAAUCUGUGAUGACGAGUUCCCAUAAGUCGGAAACCAGCUCGACUGUGACAAAGAAAUUCGGCAAUUUUUAAAGCAAAAUAGUGACGGUGUCUUCGACAAAAGUUGCCUGAUUCGUCAUUUACUCUUGCUACGUAUUAUUAUUAUUAUAAUACACGUUUUAGAGUUGACGUGCCUUAAUUUGCGAUUUUUGAAAUAUAUAUUUCAAGCAUAUACUUAAUAAGCGAUGCCCGCGCAAGCGAUUCGUCCACUGAAGGUAUUGAAACACCAAUUCGAUAGAUUUAGAACACAUAGUAUAUUAUAUAAUAUAGCUAUUAACAUAAGAUAGUAUAUAGUGUAUAUUUUUACGCCCCUGUAUAUUGUGGCAACUUUAUUUUUCUUAAUAUAUCGUAAUUAUGAUAUGUUUAAUUAUCUGAUAAAGGAUGUGGUAAAUUCUACAAAGGAGUGCCGCGUGGGCUAAAUACUGUGUCUUAUUAAAUAACUUUUGAAAUUAAUGUAAUAUUCUGUAAUAAUUGUAACUUAUACAUUUAAAUUAAAUGUAACCCUUUUUAGUAAUACUAAAUACUAUAAAAUAAUUAUUGCAUAAUAUUCGAUGUAGUUUUUAUACUUAAUCUGUACUUGUAGGUUAAGUAUGUACUCGUAUAAAGGCACUGUCAAUGUCAGAAAACCAAAUAAAAAUACUAAUUAUUUUUAUUGUUUACUUAAUUUAUGGUUCGGAUUUGAUUUCUUAUUGAUUUGUUAAUAUUUUCUGAGAUUUUAUUUGACUUAGUGGUAGUUUAGACUUCGCCUCGAGGCGCUGUACCGUAUGAAAUAUUGUAUGUAAUAAACUUACUGAUUAAA